UUGAGGUACAUGCGACGAAGAGCUGUCGUUCCUUUUCCACGCUUCAGAAGUUGUUGCCUGCGUGUUGUUUUUAAAAAAAAAACUAAUUUCCUGCUCUGUUUAUCUUAAGACCAUGGAGAAAAAAGGCACAAACUCUGUCGGGAAGAAACGUAAACCAGUGAAGAUGAAAGACGGCACAGACCCCGUCAAAAACUUCGAGAAAUGGAAGAAAAAAUACAACAAUACGAAAGCACAAGUGAAGAGAGAGCGACCGCAGAAGAAGCCCGAAUGGCAGGUCGAGCGGGAGUACAUCGACAGGCUCGUUAGCAGGUACGGUGACAUUAACGCCAAUGAGGCUGUUAGGUUCUCCGACUUCCCAAUUUCAAAGAAAACCUUGUUAGGUUUGCAGGGGGCUCAGUACAGACAGCCCACGGAGAUCCAGAGACAGACUAUCGGCUUCGCUUUGCUCGGGAAAGAUGUCCUCGGCGCGGCUAAGACUGGCUCCGGGAAGACGUUAGCCUUUCUCAUCCCGGUGCUGGAGUGUCUCUAUCGCCAGCAGUGGAGCUCCAUGGACGGCCUCGGCGCUCUCAUCAUAUCCCCCACCAGAGAGCUCGCCUACCAGACCUUCGAAGUCCUCCGCAAGGUGGGCAAGAACCACGAGUUCUCCGCGGGGCUCGUCAUCGGCGGGAAGGACCUCAAGACCGAAUCGGAGAAGAUCCACCGCACCAACAUCGUCAUCUGCACGCCGGGCCGCCUGCUCCAGCACAUGGACGAGACGGCCGCCUUCCACGCCUCCGACCUCCACAUGCUGGUCCUGGACGAGGCGGACCGCAUCCUGGACAUGGGGUUUGCCGACACGCUCAACGCCAUUGUGGAGAACCUGCCCAAGUCCCGGCAGACGCUGCUGUUCUCCGCCACGCAGACCAAGUCGGUCAAAGACCUGGCGCGGCUCAGCCUCAAAGACCCGGAGUACGUGUGGGUUCACGAGAAGGCCAAGUUCAGCACGCCGGCCACCCUGGAGCAGAGCUACGUGGUGUGUGAGCUCCACCAGAAAGUCAACAUGCUGUACUCGUUUAUCAGGAGCCACCUGAAGAAGAAGCUCAUAGUCUUCUUCGCUUGCUGCAAGGAGGUGCAGUACCUGUUCCGGGUCCUAUGCCGCCUCAGACCGGGCAUGCCCGUCUUGGCUCUGCAUGGCAAGCAGCAGCAGAUGAAGAGAGUGGAGGUCUACAAUGACUUCCUCAGAAAGCAGAACGCUGUGCUCUUUGCCACUGACAUAGCCGCCAGAGGCCUGGACUUCCCCGCCGUCAACUGGGUGCUGCAGUUUGACUGUCCCGAGGACGCAGACACCUACAUCCACAGGGUGGGCCGGACGGCCCGGUACAAGGAGGGGGGGGAGGCCUUACUGCUGCUGCUUCCCUCAGAGGAGAAGGGCAUGGUCGGCCAGCUGCAAGAGAAGAAAGUUCCAAUCACUAAGAUCCAGGUGAACCCCGACAAACUGCAGAGUGUUCAACAGAAGCUGCAGGCCUUCCUGGCCCAGGAGAAGGAGCAGAAGGAGAGAGCUCAGCGGUGUUUUGUCUCCUACCUGCGCUCCGUCUACCUCAUGAAGAACAAAGAGGUGUUUGACGUCUUUAAACUCCAGAUUCAGGAGUACGCGGUCUCUCUGGGCCUCGCCGUGGCUCCGAGGGUGCGCUUCCUUAGUAAAGCCAAGGCCCAGAGGGCUGAGAAAGAUGGCCAGUCUGAAGAAGACGAAGAGCUGAGGAGCUUUAAGGCUCGGCUAAAAGGAAACGCUCCUCCUGAGGAAAGUCCGAGCUCGGAGUCGGAAGAUUUGGGCGAGGACGAGGAAAGUGGGAGUGAAGCAGAGGUGGAUCAGGCCAAGAUUUGUCUCCUGGGUGCAGAUGACGACGAGGAUGAAGAUGAUCUGAGAGACUUGGACCUGCUGACAGUAAAAAAAAAGGACGUCUUCAGUCUGACAGCGGGCGAAGAAAGUCUCGAAGAACCCACAGAGGACUCCAGAAAGAAAUCGGAAAAGGAGACAAAGUUCACAGAAGCCAAAAAGGCCCUCAAGAGGAACUUCCAAGUCAACACCAAAGUGGCUUUCAGCGAAGAGGGCGAGGCCGUGCAGCUGUGGCCUCCGGUCCAGCGGGCAGCGACAGCGGACGAGGAAGAAGAGGAGGGGGUUUCGGGUAUCAACAUGGAGAAGGCCAGGGAGAGGCUGCAGCGCGAGGACCAGGAGUUUGACAAGCACGAGUACAGCCGGAAAGUGAAAGCCAAGCACAGGGAGAAGAGGCUGAAGGCGAAGGCAGCCAGGAGGGAGGCGAGCAAGCAACACGGCAACAAGUCUGACUCGGAGGAGGAGGACGAGGUGGUGGCUUACCUGGCCAAUCACAGCGAAGACGAGUUUGACCCCAGCACCCUGCCGGACCCUGACAAACUGCACUCGGAGGAAGAGGAGGAUGAGGAGGAGAUAACUGCAGCCAAACGGCAGCACAGCAGUGACAGCAGCGAUGAGGACGAGAAGCAGGUCCCAGUGGGGAAGAGGAAGAAAGUGAGGCAACAGAAUGACGAGCCCACAGCCCUGGACACUGGUCUCUCCCUGGCCGAAGACGAGGAGUUAGUCUUACAUCUGCUGGGAGGGCGAAGUUAGAGAUAAGGGAGAGGAGUAUGAGGAGCACAAACCGUAUGAACUUGAGUUAAAUAAAGUACUAACCACCAAGUCAGUAGUUCAAUGAGAAAACGCAAAAGUACACACGAGUUUGGGUAUGAAAUGUGUUGAAGAAGUGACAAAAUUAAAGGAAUUUUAGUGUUGAACAUCCAUAACAUUGGAGGACUCCUAAAUAAGAGAUUUAAAUACGGCUGGUUGAAACCGCGGCGUCAGCGGCUGAGAUAUCCUGACUUUUAGUCCAUGCCAUCUUUUCAUUGAAACCCCUGAAAAUGUGACUUCAAAUCUCGUGCCUGAAACAUUGAACGCACCUGACUAAACAAGCAACUCUCAAAGUUAUACCCUUAAACAUCUUUUAGCAUCAUUGAGUUUCACCGAGAAAAUCUGCUUCAUAAGGAUCGUGGCUGACGUUUAACCACAUAUAAAUGACGAUAACGGAAACAACCCACCAACUGUUACCAA